AUGAGAGCUGUUGUGCUUGCCUUGACUGUGGCCCUUGUGGCGAGUCAUCAGGUUAACCUUGUUCCAGAGUUUGCUGCGGGUAAAACCUAUUUAUACAAGUAUGAGGGAUUGCUCUUGGGUGGUCUGCCUCAAGAGGGUCUAGCCAAGGCUGGUCUAAAAGUCAGCAGCAAGGUUCUCAUCAGUGCUGUGGCCCAGAAUUCCUUCCUCCUGAAGCUCCAAGAUCCUCAACUCUUUGAGUACACUGGAAUCUGGCCCCAGGAUUCUUUCGUUCCUGCUGCAAAGCUCACCUCAGCAUUAAAUGCUCAGCUUGUGAUUCCCAUUAAAUUUGAGUAUUCUAAUGGUGUGGUGGGUAAGAUAUUUGCCCCUGCUGGAGUUUCUGCUACUGUUUUAAAUCUGCACAGAGGCAUCCUCAACAUCCUUCAGCUCAACCUCAAGAACACACAGAAUGUGUAUGAGCUGCAUGAGGCUGGACCUCAGGGAAUUUGCAAGACCCACUACAUGAUCACAGAAGAUGUACAGACCCAUCAGAUUUCUGUGAGAAAGUCUAAAGAUCUGGACAACUGCCAUGAUAGAGUCAGAAAGGACAUUGGACUAGCUUACACUGAAACCUGUGAUGAGUGCCAGCAGAGGCUUAAGAGUCUGACCGGGACUGCAACAUUCAGAUACAUCCUGAAACCCACAGAUACAGGUGCACUUGUUUCUGAGGCUACAGUUGAAGAGGUCCAUCAGUUCUCACUCUUAAAUACAUUGAUGGGAGCAGCUCAAAUGAAAGCCAAGCAAAUUCUGAAUUUACAAGAGGUUCAGAAUUCCCCAAUUGCUCCCCAUGCCGGUGAAUACUCAGUCCGUGGAUCCCUGCAGUAUGAAUUUGCAACAGAAGUUCAUCAAACCCCAAUUCAGCUUCUAAAGAUCAAUAAUGCACAGGCCCAGAUUGCAGAGGUCUUGCAGCAUCUUGUUGCAAAUAAUGAGGCUAUGGUUCAUGAAGAUGCUCCUCUGAAGUUCAUCCAGCUUGUCCAGCUCAUGCGUGUUGCUACCAUGGAGAAUAUUGAAGCCAUCUGGGCCCAGUAUAAGAACAAACCUGUUCACAGACGUUGGCUUUUGGAUGCGCUUCCUGUUGUGGGUACACACGUAGCCCUGAAUUUCAUCAAGGAGAAGUUUCAUGCUGAUGAGCUUGCUGUCCCUGAACUUACUCAAGCCCUUAUAGUUGCUUUGCACAUGGUCCAUGCUAAUCCAGAUACCAUCCAGCUUACUGCUAAUCUGGCUUCAAACCCCAAAGUCAAGAAUAUUCCAGUGCUGCGUGAGGUGAUCAUGCUUGGUCAAGGUUCCAUGGUUGCCAGAUACUGUGCUGAAGUUCAUUCAUGUCAAGCUGAUCUUCUUAAGCAUAUCCACGAGAAUGCUGCUGAGGCUAUUUCUAAGGCUGAUAUUCCUGAAAUCAGACUGGCUCUUAAGGCUCUGGGCAAUGCUGGACACCCUGCCAGCCUUAAAACCAUCAUGAAACUCCUGCCUGGAUUUGGAAGUGCUGCUGCUUCCAUUCCCAUGAGGGUCCAGAUUGAUGCCCUCUUGGCUCUUAGAAACAUUGCUAAAAAGGAGCCAAAGUUGGUUCAGCCAGUGGCACUGCAACUUUUCAUGGACAGGGCACUACAUCCUGAACUACGCAUGGUUGCCUGCAUUGUGCUCUUUGAGACAAAGCCAUCAGUUGCUCUCAUGGCCACUCUUGCUGGUGCUUUGGAGAAAGAGACCAAUAUGCAUGUUGUCAGUUUUGCUUAUUCCCACAUCAAGUCUCUGUCCAGAAGCAUGACACCUGAUAAUAUGCAUGUGGCUGCUGCAGCAAAUGUUGCCAUCAGGAUGUUGAGCCCAAAACUGGAGAGACUGAGUGAACAUUUUAGCAGAGCCAACCAUUUGGAUCUUUAUAUCUCUCCUUUCAUGGUUGGUGCUGCUGGUACUGCUUACUUGAUCAAUGAUGCUGCCACCGCUUUGCCCAGAGCUGUCAUCGCUAAAGCACGAGCUUACCUGGCUGGAGCUGCUGCUGAUGUUGUUGAGGUUGGUCUGAGAACUGAAGGACUCCAGGAUGCUCUUCAGAAGACUCAUGCUGCAGAUGAAAAAGCUGAUCGCAUCACAAAAAUCACACGUACCCUUAAGGCCCUGAUGGACUGGAAGUCUUUGCCAUCAAAUCAACAGCUGGCAUCUAUCUAUGUCAAAGUUCUUGGACAGGAAAUUGCUUUUGCCAGCAUUGACAAAAACUACAUUGACAGAAUCAUUGAACAAGCAGCACAGAUCACCACUGGAUUACAUUCCGGGGAAAUGAUGAAAGAGGCAUUUAAGGCAAUGCAGAAAGGAAUUGCCUUCCAGUAUGCCAAGCCCCUGCUGGCAGUUGAGAUGCGUCGCAUUCUACCUACUUCGCUUGGUGUGCCAAUGGAGCUUGGUUACUACACUGCUGCUGUUGCUGCUGCAGCUGUCAAUGUUCAAGCAGCAGUUAACCCUCCUUUACCUGAGCAUCCAGAGACUCUCACUCUUGAGCAGGUGAUGAAGAGCAACCUCCAGCUGCAAGUUGAGGCCAGACCAAGUGUUGCCCUUCAGACAUUUGCUGUAAUUGGAGUGAACACUGCCCUAAUUCAGGCUGCUGUUAUGGCUAGAGGAAAGGUACACACUGUUUUGCCAGGGAAACUGGUUGUAAAGGCAGACCUUCCAAAGGGCAAUGUGAAGUUGGAGGUUUUGCCAGCUGCUGCUGUUCCUGAUCAUAUUGCUACUGUCAGCUUUGAGACUGUCGCAGUGGCAAGAAAUAUUGAGGACCUUCCCAAUGAGAGAGUCAUAUCUCUGGCACCUCCAGUGCCAUCUGAUGCUGCACAGAGGUUGAUACCUGCUUCAAUUCAGAAGUCUGUGUGUACUGUUAUUCCUCAUAUUCAAAUCAAAGGAUGCAUUGAAGUUGCCUCCCAGAAUGCUGGCUUUAUGGAGGCAAAUCCUCUGUGUUCUUUUAUUGGAAGACACUCAGCUCAAAUUUCAGUGGCGAGAGCUGAUGGUCCUGCCCUUGAAAGACUGGAGUUUGAGGUACAACUUGGCUCUAAGGCAGCUGAGAAGCUUGUAAAACAUGUCAACGUUGUUAAUAAUGAAAAUCAAGAAGAAAGUACUAUCUUGUUAAAACUGAGAGAGAUUCUGGAGUCUGGAAGGAGGAGAGAUAACUCCAGUUCAAGCAGCUCCUCAUCCUCUGUAAACAAUAGCAAGGGUGUGAGAGGCAGUCAGAGAGUGAGCAGCAGCAAGAGUGGCAGCAGCAGCAAGAGUGGCAGCAGCAGUAGGAGUGGUAGCAGCAGCAGCAGAAGUGGCAGCAAGAACAGUAGUGGCAGCAGCAGUAGGAGCAGCAGCAGAAGUGGAAGCAGCUCUAGAAAUAGUUCAAAUCCCCGACUGAGCAAGGAUAAAAAUUCAUAUCGUCAGUUCCAGAAAUUUCAUAAGAAUCAGUACAUGACAUCACAGGGAACAUCAAAAGCCAGCAGCUCGUCUAGCAUUGAGGCUGUGCAGAGAAAGGCUAAGUUACUUGGAGAUGCUACUCCACCUGCUUUUGCCAUCAUUGCCCGUGCCGUCAGAUCUGACCACAACCUUGGAUACCAGAUUGCUGCUUACUCGGACAAGUCCACUUCAAGAGUACAAUUUGUGUUUGCCUCUAUUGCUCAGAAUGACAAAUGGAAGAUAUGUGCUGAUGCUAUAUUCCCAAGCAAGCAUAAAGUUGCAGUUAGAGUUGCUAUUGGUGAGCAGUGCCAGGAAUAUUCUAUAACUGUCAAAGCUGAAACUGGUCUGCAUGAGGCACAUGCUGCUGCUCGUUUGCAAAUGGACUGGAACAGAGUACCAAGAAUUGCAGAUAAUGCUAUUCCCUAUUUCAAGAGGGCAAGGGAGUACAUCUAUAUUGUAGCUCCCCUGGCUGGAUUUGAUGCUGAUAGAGCUAAUAAUAAUGAGAGACAGAUCAAUGUAGUUUUUGCUUUACCCACUCAAAAGUCUAUGAACGUUAUUAUUAGGACUCCAAAGAUGACACUGUCAAAGCAAGAUGUGUCUCUUCCCAUUGACCUGCCUAUUGAACAGGAUGGAACCAUUCCAGCUCUCAAGAAUUUGGACAUUUGGGCCAUUAUUGAAAAAAGUCUGAAUGAAAUCCAAAACAGAUGGCAUAUGUGA